CAGUGUACACUAUGCAGUAGACAACAGCUGUCCAUUCCAAACCGACGACUUCUUGCUGGGUAGUGAAGAGUUAAAAGGUGCUCUAGUGCGUCACGCAGGUGCCUCUCUGCGCCUUAUAUUUCAAAGACAUUCGAGAAGUUAGUGUACCCUUCACUGUGCGAAACAACAUUAGCAAAAAAGAGUAGUUAGCCUUUGUUUACAAGUAUAUGAAAUGUUUAGUAAUAGGGUUGAACACGCAACCUCUAAUCCCCCGACGCUGAUGAACGUCGCGCGCGCAUCGACCUCUCCUCCACUCCACAAACCUCUUGAGCGGAGCACACGUCCUCCACUUCAGCCGGGGUCCCCACUUACUUGUGCCCUGUUAUACGCACAGGGAAGUGUCUGCGCAGGUUUUUGACCCCUGGAACGUUUUCUUCUUCGAAAGGACAUUUUUUCGCGUGGAUAUGUGGUGGAUGCUGUUUCCCAGAUGGAUCUGGUUUUUGUUGGGACAGUUCUGCGUCUUGCGUUUGGACUUACGCGCCAGAGCGAUGCCAAUGACCCUGUCCAAAGUGGUUUAUUCUCACGCGGGAAUGUGUCCCAACGAGAUGAACCCCAACCUGUGGGUGGAUGCCAUGAGCACCUGCACCCGAGAGUGCGAGUCCGACCAGGACUGUGAGCCGUUCGAGAAAUGCUGUCCAAAUGUUUGCGGACACAAGAGCUGUGUGGCUGCCCGCUACAUGGACAUUAAGGGCAGGAAAGGUCCAGUGGGGAUGCCCAAAGGGGUCACCUGUGACAAAUUCAUGUGCACCCAGCAGGGUUCAGAGUGUGAAAUCUGGGAUGAACAGCCAGUAUGCAAGUGCCGGGACCGUUGCGGACGGGAACCCUAUUUCACAUGUGCCUCGGAUGGCAUGACCUACUACAACAAGUGCUACAUGGAUGCCGAGGCCUGUACCAGGGGCGUGACCCUCACCGAAGUCACCUGCAGGUACCACUUUAGCUUGUCCAACACCAGUCCUCUUCCAGCGGUGACCACCGCCCGGCCCACCACCGCCCAUCUUGAGACCACACCCACGGACGUUCAACGUCCCAUCAUGGUCAGCAACCCAGCACACCACUUCGUGUUCGUGGGCGAAACGGCCAGCUUCCUCUGCGAGGUCACAGGAAAACCCAAGCCGGCGAUUACGUGGGAAAAGCAGAUCGAAGGUAAAGAGAACACUGUAAUGCAACCCAACCAUGUGCAAGGAAACAUAGUAGUUACUAACAUCGCCCAGCUGGUCAUAUACAACGCCCAGCUCCAGGAUGCCGGCAUCUACACCUGCACUGCCACAAACCAGGGUGGAUCUGUGCAAGCCCAUUUCCCACUCUCUGUGGUCCCUAGAGAGCAGAGCAAAACAGAGCCAGUCAGGAAUUCAACGCGCUUACCUGCCGAAGAGUGUCUCAAAACACCCGAUAUGGGCGACUGUGGAGAGGAGAGCAUGAAAUGGUACUAUGAAGCCAAGCGCAACAAUUGCUUUACCUUCACCUACAGCCAGUGCAAUAAAAACCAAAACCAUUUUGAUACCUACGACUUGUGCAUGCUCUCCUGUGGAGCAGAGCUUGCUGCUCCUUGCUCCCUGCCUAGUGUACAAGGUCCCUGCAAGGCUUACAAACCACGCUGGGCUUACAGCCACGCACUCAAGAAAUGCCAGUCGUUUGUUUAUGGAGGCUGCGGAGGUAACGAGAACAACUUUGAGAGCAAGGAAGCCUGUGAGGAGAUGUGCCCCUUCCCCAAGACUCACAAUUGCAAGCCUUGCAAACCCCGGCAGAAGAUGGUCCCGAGCUUCUGCAAGAGCGACUUUGUGGUUUUGGGACACAUUUCGGAGUUGACCGAGGACCACGACUCCGGCCACGCGCUCAUCACUGUGGAGGAGAUCUUGAAGGACGACAAGAUGGGGCUGCGGUUCUUCGGCCAAGAACCUCUGGAGGUGACGCUGCUCAACAUGGACUGGAACUGUCCCUGUCCGAACAUAACGAGAGCCGAGGGAACGAUGAUCAUCAUGGGGGACGUUCACAAUGGCAUGGCAGUGCUGCAGCCCGACAGCUACGUGGCCACUUCCAGCGUACGGAGGGUUCGCAAACUCCGUGAGGUUAUCCAGAAAAAGACUUGUGAUGUUUUGAAGGAGUUCAGCAGCACAAAGUACUAGGUCGCUUAUGAUAUCUGAAUCUCUGGACAUCCUAAACUCGGGGCGUCAAAUCCUGCUCCUGAAAGGCCACUUUCCUGCAAAGUUAGCUACAGUGAAACUCUGCUGGAAGGUGGACCUCCAAGAGCAGGAUUGGACACCCCGUCCUAAACCAACGUGCCUGCCUCUCACCUGCUUUUCUUCAGGAAGCAGACUCACAAACUUGACUUGUAGAAUCUACAAUCAUAUGUCGUGCUUCCGCCACAGCAUGGAGCUGCUUAUCCAUGGAGAGAUCAAAAUAUGUGGAUUACACUGUGUGAAUGAAACAUAGAACUACAUAUAUAUUAGAUGAUUUCAUGUGAAAGUAUUACCUUAUUUACAUCUACGUGUUGUAGUGUGAGUCCAGUUAUUUUAGUCUGACUAAAAAGCCACAGAUGUUGUAUUAAACCAGUCUUUCUACCUGUCUCAGAACAAAUGCCUCAGUGAACCUUCAGUGGAAACAGGUGGUUAAACGUUACUAACCUGAAAUUUUAUUUAUCCUUCAUGAAGAUUUUAUUAAAGCUUAAGUGUGUCAGUUUGGAAUAAGCCUAAUAAGGGAUCGUAGCAUGAAGAUUCUAAAUUCUCUAAAUUUAACCUGUUUUUAUAUUGAUUCCCUGGAAAAGUGUAAACAGAAGUGCACAUUGCUAAUUUGAGAAGCAAAAAUGGUUAGUAAAGAGUAAAGGGUUAGUUCACCCAAAAAUGAAAAUUCUGUCAUUAAUUACCCACCCUUAUGACGUUCCAAACCAUUAAGGUUCAGAUAGUUCAGACAUUCAGAAAUUUUUAAUGAAAUCCGAGAGCUUUCUGACCCUGCAUAGAAAGCAACGCAAAUGACACGUUCAAAACCCAGAAAGGUAGUAAGGACAUCGUUAAAAUAAUCCAUGUGACAUCAGUGGCUCAACCUUCAUUUUAUGAAGCUACAACAAUACUUUUUGUGCACAAAGAAAACUAAAUUAACAACUUUAUUUAACAAUUUCUUCUCUUAUUUCUGUUUUCUUUGUGCACCAAAAGUAUUCUUGUAGCUUCAUAACAUUUUACUAUUUUACCGAUGUCCUUACUAUGUUUCUGGGUCUUGAACGUGUCUAUGGAGGGUUAGAAAGGGUUCUGUGUUUAGAAGAUGAACGAAGGACUUACAGGUUUGGAACGACAUGAGGGUGAGUAAUUUAUGACAGAACCCAAAAAUAUUCACUAACUAUCCCUUUAACAUUGGUUUCACCAAUAGCUCUUUGUCCAACCAAUGGGGGAGCAUUCUGUCAAUUUUGCAAUUUUUUUUUUUGGUGGCGCAGAAAUUACACACUUCACCUUUAAUUAUAAAGCCAUGUCAUUCUUAAACAUUAAAAAAAAUGACAUGUUAAAUACUCUUGCACCUUAUUUUAAUUCAUAGUUGUUGUUUUUUGUGCUGUAAAAUCAUUACACU